CAAAUGAGCCGGGUGAAGUCUUCUCAGCGUGCGUGAGGAAACAAUGAAGUGACCGUGGAGCGCGUUUAGUAUUUUUGCUCGUAGCGGACCGGGAGACCAGGAGUGGAGACGCUCCUCUGGCUGAGCCCCCUCCCUCCUUUCCUCCCUCCUUUCCUCCCUCCCCCCCUACUCCCUCGGAUACGCUGGAGUUUCUCCUCGAAGGAGACGGAUUCAGCGGAGAAAGAGCGGAGCGGAACUUUGCGCACGAUGCAGGGGGGCCCGGCUGCUGACCUCCCCGCCUCCUCCCUGCAGUACCAGUGCGGAUCGGUGGACUUCCUGUGUUCUCCGCGGCUGGCGAAGAAAGGUCAGACUCCCAGACAAUGUCACGACAGGCCCGCCGUCAAGCCCCGGCCCCAGCCCUCCGCCUCGCCCAGACCGCCAACCGCACAGAAACCUCAAGUGCCCCCUAAACCGUCGCACCUGCUCGCCCUCGGGCAAGACAAGAAGCCCAAGAGGAUCCCCCCGCCGCCCUCCAGGCCGCUGCCGGCUCCCCCUCCUCCGCCCAAACCGAAGCCCGGACUCACCCCCCCCGGCCCGGGAGCACAGCCGCAGAAAGAGGCCCAGAAGGUGGGGCUGCUCAUCGAGAGGUUCGAGAACUCGAGGGUUCCCAUCCUGGGAGUGCUCCCACGGUCCCAGCUGCACUUGUGUCUGAGAAUGGAAACUGCGUCGGACGCCACUUCCCCCGGCGGCCAGGACCCCGCGGCCAAGGUCGCGGGAGGCCCCUCCCCCGGGGACAAACUUGCACUUGGCGCCUCCGAGCGGACUCACGAGGCGCCCGAGCUCUCCCGCCCGGCCUCCGCGCACGCCGACGGCUCGGAGGACGCCCCGCUGGACGACUGCGGCGUCGCGCGACACUCCGGCGGCGCGGAGCGGGCCGAAGGCUCCUCCCACGGGCUCCUGGACAACCCGGACUCCUCGGAGCAGAACGGCAAGAUCCCCAACCGGGACAGCGGCAUCGACAGCCCGUCCUGCGCCGCCGAGGGGGAGGUGUUCCCCAACGAGGACGCCAUCGACGAGGAGGACCAUUACGACAGCGUCACGGAGACGGAGAGCGUGUCCUGCUGCGUCGCCCUGGGCAACAAGCGGGACUCGACGCAGGACGAGGACAGCGACCUGGACGAGGGCAGCGGCGGAGACGUCCAGUCGCUGCCGGACGCGCAGGCCGGGGACCUGGCGGACGCACACUCGGAGGCGCACAGGUGCUCAGAGACUCAGAACCUGCUGAACAUCGCCAAAGAGCUCCUCCACACCGAAGAGGCCUACGUCAAGCGGCUCAACCUCCUCGACCAGGUAUUUUGCACUAAGCUCACAGAGACUGGAAUCCCUCAGGACGUGAUCACGGGCAUCUUCUCCAACAUCUCCUCCAUCUACUGCUUCCACGACAAGUUCCUGCUGCCCGAGCUCAAGACGCGCAUCACUGGGGAAUGGGACUCCAACCCUCGCAUCGGAGACAUCCUGCAGAAGCUGGCUCCCUUCAUGAAGAUGUACGGGGAAUACGUGAAGAACUUUGACCGGGCCAUGGACUUGGUCAACACGUGGACACAGCGGUCCUCUCAGUUCAAGAGCGUCGUCCAGAACAUACAGAAACAGGACGUGUGCGGGAACCUGACCUUGCAGCACCACAUGUUGGAGCCGGUCCAAAGGAUCCCUCGCUACGAGCUGUUGCUCAAGGACUACCUGAAGAAGCUGCCCGACGACGCUCUGGACCGGAAAGACGCAGAGAAGGCCGUGGAGCUCAUCUCUACUGCAGCGAACCACUCCAACGCAGCAAUCAGGAAAAUGGAGAAGAUGCACAAGCUGCUGGAGGUUUACGAGCGGCUCGGAGGAGAGGAGGACAUCGUUAACCCGGCCAACGAGCUCAUCAAAGAAGGUCACAUCAAGAAGAUGUCCGCCAAAAAUGGAACAGCACAAGACCGAUACCUCUACUUGUUCAACAACAUGGUGCUCUACUGCGUGCCUAAACUCCGGCUGAUGGGACAGAAGUUCAGCGUCCGAGAGAAGAUCGACAUCGCUGGAAUGGAGGUGCAGGAAAAUGUGAAGCAGAACCUUCCUCACACCUUCGCCAUCAUCGGCAAGCAGCGGUCGCUGGAGCUGCAAGCGAGGACCGCUGAGGAGAAAGAAGAUUGGAUUCAGGUCAUCCUGGCCACAAUCGAACGCCACAAACAAAACAGCGAAACCUUCAACAAGGCGUUCAACAGCUCCCUCUCCCGGGAAGACGACCAACACCCCCCCGAGUCACCGGGUCCCUGGUGCAACACGUCCAUCGACUCAGACGGCGAAAGGCUGCAUGAAAGGAAGAGUUCCAGGAAAAAGGAGAAGGAGAAACAAACGUGCAAAGGCUGCAACGAGAGCUUCAACUUCACCAAGCGCAAACACCACUGCAAGUCCUGCGGAGCGUCCAUCUGUGCAAAGUGUUCAAGGAACCUGGACAAGACGAGCCGCGUGUGCCCCGAGUGUUUCGAAGCCAGCGCCAGUCUGGAGGCUCUCGGCGAACAGAAAAGGAAAGCUGCGCCUGAGAGACAGGCGUCCCUGACGGGGGACAACUGCCUGCUCUGUGGCCAUCUUCAGCUGCAGGAGAAAGGGAAGAGCUGGUCCAAGAUGUGGGGGGCUGUCACCAAGGCUGAGCCGCUGGUUCUGUACCUGCAGAGCAGCGGGCAGGACUCCAGGGGCGCGAGGCAGGUGCCUCUGGCCGGGUUUGAAGUCAGCGCCGCGCCGCCGGCGCCGGCGGGGGGCGAGAAGCCGGAGGUCAGGCACGCGUUUUGCCUCAGUCACCACCAGCAGACUUUGCUCCUAAGUGCCCCCGACGCAGAACUUCAGGCCAAGUGGGUGGAGGUCCUCUCCAACGCCGCCGCCGCCGCUGGGGAAGCGCCCGCGGGCGCGCCGACCAGCGCGACCGAAAACAGGAAGAGCCAGUAGCGUCCAUGCAGGAGGCCCUUUGGACUCGCCCCCCCUCCUUCUCCCGUGUUUAUUGAGCACACAAUUACUUGAAUUCACUUUACCUUGGCACUUUUUUUUUUGGUAGUUUUUUUUUGUUUUGUUUUUCCUCUCCUUUUUGACAGGACCACUCAAUCCUCGCCACGCCACUCCAAUCUCCUCCCCGCGACCACACAGCCGCGUCUUCUGUCUUUGUCCCCGUCAAAAACGCGCGCCACCGAGCCGCCGGCGCCGCUCCGCGUGCUUGGGAUAUUUCAGUGUUUUGAAAACGGCGGAGAGGAAGAAAUGUUUUAUUUGUCAAAAAGAAAAAGUCCCUUGUACAUUAUGCGACUGUGUUGUGAAGCAUUAAAUCUUAUUUGUCUGUUUUUCCAUUUGCGUGAAAGUAUGUGCGUGCGUGUGUGUGUGUGUUUGUGUGCGAGUCCCCUUCCGUGUUUAUUAAGUAUUGAACGUUAGUGUAAGAAACCUGCGCCACCAACUCUGUUCAGUGGCACUUCCGUGGGUAUUGUACAGUAUGUGUACUAUAGUGCAAUGUAAGGAAAAAAAAGAUGUUUUAAAUUAAAAAGGCAAAGAGAUGUGUACCCUUGUGGCUGGCCACUUGAUGCUCACCCAUCGUCCCAUCUUGUCCGACUUCUCUCAUCCACAAAGGCCAAAAUGGCGUCCCGUCACAGAUCUGAUCCCCGACGUCUCCGCUCAUUCAGGAGAUCCAUCUGCCCCUCGGCGCCUCCACCUGUACAUGUGCUUAAUAAAGCCUUUCCAUUCA